AUGUCACUCACGCCAGAAGAGAAGGAGACGUUGGAGGUGUUCCGCAAACAAGUAUUUGAUGAAGAAAUCAUUCGAGAAGGGGACUCUGUUGGGACGGAUGACGCAACCUUACUUCGGUUUCUUCGCGCACGCAAGUUCAAUUUGACUGAAUCAAAGAAAAUGUUGCAGAAUUGCCAACAGUGGCGGAAAACCGUCGGAGGUGAUGGGAUAGACGCGUUAUAUGCCAGACUAGAUCCUUAUGAUUACCCUGAGCGGGAAGAAAUAUUCAAGUCCUGGUCUAUGUAUUUCCAUAAGACAGACAAGGUGUGCUUGAUGCUGUUCUUGACCUAUGAUUAUCGGUACAUUCUUACCUUGCAGAAAGGCCGACCGGUGAACAUCCAGUUCUUUGGCGGGCUAAACCUUCCGAAGUUGUACAAGCAUGUCACGCCGGAGAGGCACUGGGAGGCUAUUGUUGUAAACGCCGAUUCCCUUACCCGUGAAGUACUUCCAGCUGCAUCGCGUGCUGCAGGGAAGCAUAUUCACCAAUCGAUCGUAAUUGUGGACCUCAAAGGGUUUGGGUUAUCACAGUUUUGGCAAGUGAAGUCAUUGGCACAAGCUUCAUUCCAGAUAUCACAGGAUUAUUUUCCCGAGACAAUGGGUCAACUUUUAAUAAUCAACGCGCCAUCCUCGUUUACCUUUAUUUGGGGAAUCAUCAAGCCCUGGCUGGCAAAAGAGACUGUAGAGAAGGUCGACAUUCUCGGUUCGAACUAUAGAGAGGUUCUACUUGAUGUGAUAGAUGCCGAGAAUCUACCAGAAAUACUGGGAGGCACGUGCACUUGUAAGAGUGAAGGAGGAUGCGACCUUAGCGGUGCAGGACCAGUGGAUGGUUGA